AGUUGUCGCAUUGUCAAAAUGUUUAUCAUUUGAUAUUUACAAAAAUUAAUCACUAAUUAAGUUUUAUCUUUGAAAUUAAUUUGCUUACAACAAUAAUUGAUUAUCUUGUUUGCCUGUUUAAUUAAUCAACGUCACAACCAAUUACUAAUAUUAUUGGUUUUUAUUAUUAUUUGGUGUUUGUUUUUGCUUCUACUGAAACUGAAACUCAUCUCUUCAUCUUUAUCAUCAUUUUCAUCAUCAGGCUUGACUCUUUCAUCAUCAUCAAAGCCUUAAUAGUGACAAUCAGUGACAAUUGAAAUAACUAAAUAGAACAAUUUAAAUUUCUAUUAAUCAAAUUGUGAGAUUCUAUUUGGUUUCCAUUUUGUUUCCAUUGCCUUCAAUCUGUCGCUUCUUUUUUGUUUUGUUUUCUAUUCUCUUCUCCGAGUAUCACCACUGUUUCUAUCUUUCUCUAUCUCUCUCUCUCUCUCUCUCUCUCUCUUUCUGGUUGCCCUUUUAUUUUACUAAUUACAAUUAAUUGUGAAAGGUUAAAUCACUAACAAUCCUGAAUAUGUUUCGGUCAAAUUCAACCUUUGAUAAACUCAUUGACAAGGCAACUAGUAAUCUAUUGCUUGAACCCGAUUGGAAUUCAAUUUUGACCAUUUGUGAUUACAUACGCCAAGGAGAUGUCCAGCCUAAAUAUGCUCUCUAUGCUAUUAAGAAGAAAAUGUAUGCUACCAAUCCCCAUGUAAAUCUGUUCGCUCUUCAGUUAUUGGAAUCAUGUAUGAAAAAUUGUGGAUCUUCUUUUCACUACGAGGUGGCCACCAAGAAUUUUAUGGAAGAAUUGAGAGAAUUGGUGAAAGUUACAUCAGAUGAAAAAGUCCGUGAAAAAAUAUUGGAAUUAAUUCAAGCCUGGGCUCACGCUUUUCGUAAAGAACCAAGUUUCCGAAUUAUUCAAGAUACAUAUAAUGUUAUGAAAGCCGAAGGACAUCAAUUUGCUACUUUUAAAGAAACCGAAGCCAUGUUUGCUGCUGAUUCAGCUCCUCAAUGGGCCGAUGGUGAUUGUUGUCAUCGAUGUCGAGUGCAAUUCAAUUUGGUACAAAGGAAACACCAUUGUAGAAAUUGUGGUCAAAUUUUCUGUGCAAAGUGCUCAUCAAAACAAUCAAUUAUUCCCAAAUAUGGCUUAGAGAAAGAAGUUCGAGUUUGUGAAGACUGUUUUGACAAACUAAACAAACCCUUUGAUCCUAAAACAAGUAAAGUGAUCACUGGUGGUGUUGGUGGAGGUACAAGUUCACCAUUCACGGCCACUAAUCGGUAUAAUGAAACGAAAGCCUCAGAAGGAGGUAAUAACAAUAAGCCAUCAACAACAGUGUCAAAAACGGAGCAAGAACUUCAAGAAGAGGAAGAUCUUCAAAUGGCCAUCGCUCUAUCAAAAAGUGAAGCUGAAACUAAGGAGAAAACUCGACUCUCUUCAAGUGAAUAUUCUUACAGUCAACCGAUAUCAUCAAAUUCAUCAAUGAAAUUUGAUAAAUUAAAUAAAAUGGAUCCUGAUGUAGAGAAGUAUCUUGAUAGAGAUUAUUGGGAGUCGAAACUGGUUAAUCAUAAUCGAAGCACAAGUCCAGCCCCAAGUGCACCAUCUCCUCAUUACAGUUUAAUCAAUAAUAAUAAAUCUGGUGGUCAUGAGAUUGAUGAUGAACAUAAAAUAGGUUCAACCACUACACCGAUAAAAACAACAGCAACCACAACAAUGAUGUUAAACAAACAAGAAAAUGGUGUUGACAGAGAUAUUGACACUUUCUUAGUUAAUCUUAAAUCAGCGCUGGAAAUAUUUGUUAAUCGGAUGAAUUCAAAUCAAAUUAGAGGUCGACCAAUAGCCAAUGAUACGGCAGUUCAAUCGUUGUUUCUUAAUAUAACCAAUAUGCAUUCCCAACUUUUACGUCAUAUGCAAGAGCAAGAUGAUGGUCGAUUGUAUUAUGAAGGUUUACAGGAUAAAUUGGGCCAAAUUAGAGACGCUCGAGCUGCAUUAGAUUCUCUGCGAGAAGAACACCAAGAAAAGGUUCGAUUGGAAGAGAAAAAGAAGAAUGAAUAUUUACAAUAUCAACGACAAAUGGCCUUACAACGUAUCCAGGAGCAAGAAAGGGAAAUGCUUAUGAGACAAGAACAACAGAAAUACCAAUGGCCUCAAGUGGCAACGGGUCAACCACAAGGUAAUCCACAAUAUCCACCACAACCUGGUUCAAUUGGAUACGCAGCACCUACACCAGGAUCACAACCUCUUCCGCCCCAAGGAUCGGUUGUUUACCAAACGCCUACAUUAAAUCACCCCCCUCAUAUGGUUCAACCUCAAAUAAUACAACCACCUAUGAACCAACCACAGUUAAGCAACCCCCAAAUGGGUCCACCAUCGUUACAACAGCAACAACAACCUGUAACAUCGUCGCCUUCACAUUAUAUUGGUCCUCAAGGUCCCGUUCGUCAACCACCAAUGUACCAAAUGCCUCCACCUCCUUAUGGAGCCCCUUAUGCUGCCAUGGUGGGUCCUGGUGUUCAUCCUGGUAUUCCUAUGGCUGCUCCGCUGCCUCAGGCUGAUCACAACCAACACCCACCUCAACUUCAGCAACAACAACAACCCCCACCACCACCACCACAACAACAACCACAUCAGCAACAAGAUACUUACAAUUCCAAUGUUCAACCUCCUAUCGAAGAACCAUUAAUCUCAUUUGAUUGAGUUUGAAUUCUUUGAAAACAUAAAUCCAACAAAUAGUCAAAUCCAACUAUAAUUUCCCCAAAAUAUUCAAACAAGAUGAACAAUUUUUAAACUGCUGAUUCAAUUAAUGAAAUGAUUUAAUUUUUGCAAAAUUAAAAACAAACCAAGUUAACUAAUCGUAA